GAUGACUGGAAGCCAUCUUACACACUCGCUUUACACCCCUAAAUAUAUGUCAGAGCUCUACACCUAUAAUUCACAAACACGCAGAAAGAUAUAUUCAGCCACGUUUGGUGGAAAACAUUUAAAAUAGUUGAAAUUGGAGAGAAAGGAAUGGACAGAAUCAUCGAAAAGACUAACACUGGCUUCCUGGCCCCUGCUCUGUGAAACUUUCCCUUUGCAGAGGAAGGAUUCACUCAUUCAUGGAAGGAUAAUUGAAGCUAAUCCUCCCUGCUUAUAAUAUCUAUGACCUGUUGCUUGAGUGACGUUCAUAUUGAGAUGUUCCACAAGAGACUUGUAUAUUGAGGAACAAGGAACUGGUGAAAAAUAUUGCUUUAACUUUUUUUUUUUUCAUGCGCUUUGGACACUGCGAAAGCUGUGGGAAGGACAACUUGUGAGUUGUUUUGCAAGCCCAUCUAGAUAAACUCCACUGUUUUUGUCACGUUUGGAGGAUAGCUUCGAUAAUUUAAGACAUGAGUACAGCCAGAAUGGAGAAUCCAGUGAUUCUGGGACUGUCGAAUCAGAAUGGCCAAAUGCGAGGCUCUGUGAAGCCAGCAGGGGGUCCUGGAGGAGGUGGAGGGGGGUCCCAAACAAUGCAACCUACCCAGGUCAAAGCCUCCAGCACAGUCAACAAUGGCAACUCCCAGCCUGUACCCACCGCCAACACUAUCAUCAAGCCUGGGGAUGACUGGAAGAAGAAUCUAAAGCUUCCUCCGAAGGAUAUGCGCAUGAGAACUUCAGAUGUGACGGCGACCAAGGGAAACGAAUUUGAGGAUUACUGCCUGAAACGGGAGUUGCUUAUGGGCAUCUUUGAAAUGGGCUGGGAGAAACCAUCACCUAUACAGGAGGAGAGCAUUCCCAUUGCAUUAUCUGGGAGGGACAUCCUAGCCAGAGCCAAGAACGGCACAGGAAAAAGUGGCGCCUACCUCAUUCCCUUACUUGAACGCAUUGACCUGAAGAAAGACAGCAUACAAGCAUUGGUCAUUGUGCCCACUAGAGAACUGGCUCUACAAGUCAGCCAGAUCUGCAUCCAGGUCAGCAAACACAUGGGCGGGGUCAAGGUUAUGGCAACUACAGGUGGAACCAACCUCCGUGAUGACAUCAUGAGACUCGACGAAACGGUGCAUGUUGUCAUCGCCACUCCAGGAAGAAUUUUGGACCUCAUCAAAAAGGGAGUGGCCAAAGUCAAUCAAGUACAGAUGGUUGUGUUGGAUGAGGCAGAUAAGCUCCUUUCGCAGGACUUUGUACAGAUGAUGGAGGAGAUGCUGAGCUCUUUGCCCAAACAAAGGCAAAUUUUGCUGUACUCUGCCACAUUCCCACUGAGUGUGCAAAAGUUCAUGAACACCCAUCUGCAGAAGCCCUAUGAGAUAAACCUGAUGGAGGAGCUGACCCUGAAAGGGGUUACUCAGUAUUACGCCUAUGUGACUGAAAGGCAGAAAGUCCAUUGCCUUAAUACUCUGUUCUCCAGGCUCCAGAUCAAUCAGUCUAUAAUCUUCUGCAAUUCAUCCCAGCGAGUGGAGCUCCUGGCCAAGAAGAUCUCGCAGCUUGGGUACUCCUGUUUCUACAUUCAUGCCAAGAUGAGACAGGAACACCGAAACCGCGUGUUCCACGAUUUCAGAAAUGGCUUAUGUCGAAAUCUCGUCUGCACUGAUCUCUUCACAAGAGGAAUUGAUAUACAAGCUGUGAAUGUGGUGAUCAACUUCGAUUUCCCCAAACUCGGGGAGACGUACCUCCAUCGCAUUGGCAGAUCUGGCCGAUUUGGACACUUGGGUCUGGCCAUUAACUUGAUCACUUAUGAUGACCGCUUUAACCUGAAAGGUAUUGAAGAACAGCUGGGUACUGAAAUCAAGCCCAUUCCCAGCAGUAUUGACAAGAGUUUAUAUGUGGCCGAGUACCAUAGUGAGAGUGGGGAGGAGGUUAAACUGUGAGCAGGAGAGAUCACCAAUCCUUUGUCCCCUAUCCCCCCCCUUUUGUUCCUUCCUUACUGUGUAUAGGGAAUAGGGGAUAAUUUUGUUUAAACUAUAUCCUCCGUCUGUCUUCCUCUUCCCCCGUUUUUUUUUCUUUCUUUCUGUCUUGUUUGGUGCCACCACAAGGAAUGUUAUUUUGCAAAGGCACAAUAAUCGGGAAGGACUCGUGGCCUAAUAAAGGACUGCUGCACUGAAAUUUUCAUCCUGAAGACUUCAAAUCACUCGAGGAGGGAAAGAGGGGACAUGAGGAUUUAUCUCCUAAGAAAAGAAAUGACUACUCAUUGCCUGCAAGCACAUUCUCACCCCACUCUCUCUGUCCCUCUGCACAUCUUCAUGUUUCUAGUCAUUUGAAACAAGUGCCUUAACAAGCAGUCUAACUUGUUCAAAAAGUAAUAACCUGAUGAUUUUUUCUUUUCUCCUUUCACAACUCUUCAUUUUAAGACAUGAUCUUGAUUUUUCUAUGGCUUUUGGUAUCGCUUGUCUGCCCCCUCCUGUUUGACAUCAGAAGAAUAAUUUUUGCAUUCGCCACCUAUAGAUUUUUGGGAACAGGAUUUCACAGUGGGAGAGAGGAUGGGGGUGUGGUGUGUGCGUUCUCUGGCAUACUUGACUAUGGUGUGAAGAGAAGCCCCCUGGAGAACUGAGAUGAUAUCAGUGAGCAUGAUGACAAUGAUGGGAGCUAAUGUUCUUGUGUCAAGCUUUCAAAAAAGUCCCACAAGGCUCUCAAUGGAUUUCCCCCCUUCAUCCAUUCAUGGAACAUGCCAUGCCUCUAGAGACCCAUAACUCUUUCCCCCUCUGUCUUCAGUGGGCCAACACUAAGAGACUUGACCGGACUCGGACCAGCCUUUCUCAUUGGCCAUGAGGACUCCCGCUUUGAGACGAAUGUGGAUUUCUUUUUUUCUUCUUUUUCCCCCUCCCCCCUCUUGUUUCUUUUUCUUUUCCUCCUGAUUUCAGUACAGUUUUGCGUUCUUAUUGGGUAGGCACUCUGUCCUAAAUGUGCCAUUUAUACAGAUUUGGCACAUUGUAAACAUUUUGUAAAUACUUCAUUUAUUUUUUUAAAUGGAUUGUUUUAAAACGAGCUAAAAAGGCUGGAUGACCAUUUGAAAACAGUGUUUGAAAGAUCUUUUAAAAUCAGGACUUUGUCAGCACUGGACGGCGGUAUUUUGUUUGCUUAUUCCAUAAUUUUCGCCCAUGGGAAAUGAGUUUAAACCUUUCCAGGUAGUGCACCACCUUUGUUUUGUUCUAACAAAAAAAAAAAAAUUGGGCUCCCACAUUUUCUUUCUAAAUCCAAAAACACUGUUCAAAUGUAGGUGGUGCAGUUGUUCAGAUUUGCACUUCUUCUCCCUAAAUUGUCUGUCAUCCAUUACCCAGUGUUGACAAGUUCCUGAUGUGGCUUGCUCAAAUAAAUGGCCUCAUUUUAGGGUUGAGAAAACUUGAGGCUUAUUUGCUUUCCAGCCUUUUGCUUGUAACACUGACUAAGGCACUCUGCAGGGUCCCCUGACUGGGGUGACUCUUAUCAUAGAGAUAAUUUAAUAUUUUCAUCAUGUAAUAGUGCUUCUCGCUGCAGUGCAGCUCAAAUUGGCAACGUGCAAAAAUGUUGAAUUUCUAAGCGAGAUGUGUAGCUGUUACAUGGGUUUGUGUUCACUGGCACUAGAACAUGAUGACCGUUUGGGGUGGGAGGAUUGAAAGGAACUUAGUUCCCAUUGGUGAAAGGAAAAAUGGACAAAAAAACAACUGGAUGCCAAGACUUCUAAACGAUGGACUGACAUAAUGUAGCGGCAGAAACAUCGCGAGUCAGCAGGCUUUUCUUUUCUUUUUUUUUUUUGUAACAAGUUCUUAAGAUGCUGCACAGAUUUAACAGAAGGUUCUAAACCUUUGCAGUGUGGGCUGAACUUUAGUUCAAGGGUUGGGCAAUAAUACGGACUGCACACUUCCUCGGUUAGGGCAGAUGUUUAAGACGGAAGGUGAGUUAUUUUUUGUUUUGAGGAAGUAUUGUGCAGGGACGAGGGUAUUUAAUAUGGGGGUAUGUGUGUUUCAUGGGUGCUGAAACCAAAUGUGUUUUUUUUGUUUUUGUUUUUUUUUUGUUUUUUUGCAGCGGAAUAUUUAUCCCCCUCCCCCAAACACUAAUAGCCUUUAUAGAUUUGAGUGAAUUAUAUAUAUUUUUUUCUUUCUGGGGAUUGACUAGGGCUUGCUUGAGACACUUAAGCCCUUCUGCUGCUUUUUUAAUAAGUUAUGCAUUUUGAGGGUUGUAACGUUAUGGGGUGGGUUUGAGGUUGGGAGGGAUGCAAUUUAAUACUUUUUUUGGUGCUUAUUGGCACGGAAUUUACUUUGAAUUUAACGUUGGAGUGUAACAUCACCAACGUCCCCAUUAGAAAGUCAAAUACAGGUGAGAUGUUUUUAUUUUAUUAAACGGAUUGGCUUUGUCUACUGUGGAGUGUUGCUAUUAGUGUUUCCUGAGACAAUUAAGCAAGUUUGUUCUAACUAAUUCUGAGCAAAAAAAAAAAAACAUGUAUUUGCCCCAUAUUCCAGCUCUUGCAACAAUUUCCCAGUGACAUUGUUCCAAUCCAAGCUUGUAUUCUCUUCUCUAUAGCACAUGCCCCCGGUGUGCACUUAGAAAAUCCACCAGGCUAAUCAGCUUUGGUUUCUUUUGGGGGCUUUUUAAGCAGAUCAGCUCUAGAGGGGAGUAUACAAGUUACUGGGUUCUUUGGCAGCAGCCCGGUGUUUUUCAGUAACCACUUGCCGUGAAAAUCACUGUUCGUUCCUGAUUGGAUGCACUGUGGUCUUUGCCAUUGUGGUUGGGGUUUUGAUUUCAUUUUAGGUUUUGUUUUCCUUUUAUUUCGAAGAAUAGGGUGGAGAACAUCUCACCUGUUAAAGUUUAUCUGAAGCGUACAAAAAUUGCCAUCUCGAUCCACUCUUUCUUCAAUAUUUUUUUUCCUUUGCCUUUUUUUUGUUUGUUUUAUUUUCUUUAUUUUAUUUUUUUGGUUGGGGUGGGUGGGAAGGUUUUUUUUGCUGCCCUGAUGCAUCUCUUGCUAUUCCAAUACUUUAUUUUUGGGGCUGCGUUUCCCAAAAACAUCAUAAGCUUAAGUAGAUUGUAGAGCCAUUGAAACUAUCGGUCUCCACGAUCUACUUGGGCUUACAAUGUUUUUUGAGAAACGCAGCCCUGUUCAGUGUUGAGGGUGCUUGGAUGCGUCGGUCUGGGAUAAUGGGUGGGAGGGAAAUGGAGAGAAUUGGUUUCAAAACAUCAAAUAAACAAUUUGGGAGUUCAGGGUAAGGAAAAUUUGAUCUUAACUUUGCCCUUAAAUUUAUUUAUUUAUUUUUUUGGGAUAUUGCAGAUUAAAACAAACCAAAUUUAAGAAAUCCAAAGUCUGUAUUUUGUUUUCCACCUUUUCAAUUUGGGUACUUUCAAUUGGCAUUUUUCUCAGUGAUGCUACGUUUUUAAAGAUUUGAGAUGUAUACAAGUGCAAUGGUUAACAUCUGUGAUGGUUUUUGUUUGGAAAUAAAGCUCACUGAAGUUC